CCAUCCUCCUUCUUGUGCUGGAAAUGCUUCACAUUCUCCUUCUCCCUCUCCACCUCAAGACCCGAACCCGGACACCAAGCCCAACCUUGACCCGACCCGAGACCGCCGUAGAGCCGUCAGGGUCGCCUGGGAGAAGCUGGUCCGUUGGUCCAGGUCUUGGCGCUCUAAGGCCAACACUGACGUGCUUCAACGCACCAACAAGGUGGUUGUGCUUGGAGGGGGUUCUUUUGGGACAGCAAUGGCUGCUCAUGUUGCAAAUAGAAAGGCUCAAUUAGAAGUCAAGAUGCUCGUUCGGGAUCCUCAAGUUUGCUUGUCUAUCAAUAAGAGGCAUUGCAAUUGUAAGUACUUCCCGGAUCACAUGCUGCCAGAAAAUGUAGUUGCUACUACGGAUGCAAAAUCUGCUUUGCUUGAUGCAGACUUUUGCCUUCAUGCAGUGCCUGUUCAGUUCAGCUCAUCUUUUCUCGAGAGCAUUGCUGAUUAUGUUCAUCCAGGCUUGCCAUUCAUAUCUCUUAGUAAAGGCCUCGAGCUGAAUACACUGAGGAUGAUGGCUCAAAUCAUUCCUCAAGCACUAAGAAAUCCUCGACAGCCUUUUGUGGCACUAUCAGGGCCUUCUUUUGCUCUGGAAUUGAUGAAUAAGCUACCCACAGCAAUGGUGGUGGCAUCGAAAGACAAGAAAUUGGCAAACACAGUUCAGCAGCUACUAGCUUCAGAUCAUUUAAGAAUCAGCACAUCAAGUGAUGUUACAGGAGUUGAAAUAGCUGGUGCACUCAAGAAUGUGCUUGCAAUAGCAGCUGGGAUAGUAGAAGGUAUGAAUCUUGGUAACAACUCAAUGGCUGCUCUUGUCUCACAAGGCUGCUCAGAGAUACGAUGGCUUGCAACUAAGAUGGGUGCAAAGCCGGCUACAAUAACUGGUCUAUCAGGAACCGGAGACAUAAUGCUUACAUGUUUUGUGAAUCUUUCGAGAAACAGAACAGUUGGUGUGCGUCUUGGAUCAGGCGAGAAGCUUGAGAACAUAAUUAAUUCCAUGAAUCAGGUAGCAGAAGGCGUCUCCACAGCUGGAGCUGUGAUUGCUUUGGCUCAGAAAUAUAAUGUAAAGAUGCCAGUGUUGACAGCAGUUGCUCGUAUUAUUGACAAUGAACUUACCCCUAAGAAAGCUGUUUUUGAGUUAAUGAGCCUCCCCCAGGUUGAAGAAGUAUGAAACCUCCCAACACAUCGAUUAUCUACUAGCUGCUUUUUAACUGCUGCUCGUAAGACAUUUGUGUACUCAAUUCUUUUCACCAAUGUGCUUCUAGUGCUGAAGGCUUGGUGAGAACAAU